CGUGUGACAGAAUUUUGCAUUGCAUGUUAUGUCUAUCCUAUACCUGGUCUGUGUUUAUAGUAUUGCAGUAUUAAAACAUACUUGUGCCGUUGGCAUUAUUUGAUAAAUAAAUCGUCUAGAAAGGUUGACAUUGUAAAAUGAGACCGGCCUGACUUUAUUUUUACUUUCUAAAGAAUAUAAAAUUGUAAAAAUGUAUUUGGUGUAUGUUUUAAUUAGUUUAUUAGCCAGCUCAUCGUCACUGGUUUGUGGGAGCGAACUAGAUUACGAUGGAUGGUUGCAGUUAAGAUUGUGGCAUGCGUUUAAUGAUGAACCAGAGCCGAUUUAUAUAGAAAGAGGAAACAUCACAGUAUCCAGUGUACGUAGUGGUGCUUCAGUUGUAGGACAAAAUGGGUUGUUACCAGCUCAUAUAAAUGAGUUAAAAAACCUUGCCAAACAUGAUGGCAAAUAUAGACUUAAGGCUGUAACUCGAACCUCUUCAGGAAAUGAGAUAACAUUCUUAACUUCUGUACCUGCGUGUUAUCUUCUGGGCUCAGACCUUGAAGAUGUUAUAACGGUAUGGUUGGAUAGCAGUGGCGAACCAAUUGUUGUUAGUCAAACAUCACCAGGUCCCUGUAGUACUGAGAAUCCAUUUACAAAUAUGUGGACUACAAAUGUAGUUGUUAAGUACCCCGAUGGAGGACCAGUUCCAGACACUGCCACUUAUAUUCAGAAAUUGGAACGAGAGAGAGAAGCAAGAGAAAGGGGAGAGGCCAAAGACAAUAGACCUUAUCUUUCAAGAUAUUGGAUGUACAUUUUCUUAGCAUUUAUUUUUAUCGUUCUAUCUGCUGCAACCAAUCCCGAAGCUGCAGGAACAUCAGGUGGCAGUGCCCAAAGACAGUGAUGUAAAAACUGUAUUGUUGCAUUCAAGUGUGCAUUGUGUCUUUAAGUGUGUUUGUGUGGGAGAAGUUUAUUUAUAAAGUUUACAAUGUACUUUCUUAAAUGCAAU